UUCAAAUGUGCCGCUCAAACGACAUCAAAAACUCGCGACAAACGGUUGGGGUGGAUGGACACUAGUACAACUUUUGAAAUAAAUACACGCAAGAAAAUUUUAACUCAAAACGUGCUACGUGUAAUAAAAUAGUUUAGUGGUUAUAUUUGCCUUCCUGGUUGAAGAUAUUUAGACGACUUUUCGUUGUCCGUGUUUUAGCAUAAACGGUCAUGGGUGAGUUGGGCACGAAGCUUGGCUUUGACGAGUUGGCGGGAGGAGCAGCGGGCAUCAGCAGGGCGCUAUUGGCAGAGUUCAUAGGAAACCUGAUUCUCAACCUGUUCGGGUGCGGCGCCUGCGUGAACAUCGCGCAGACGAACGCUGCGACUAACAUCGUGCUUAUUGCCCUCGCCUUCGGUCUGGCGGUCUUCGCCAUCGUCUCGGCGAUAGGUCACGUCUCGGGAGGGCACGUGAACCCGGCGGUAACGGCGGGACUAGCGUCGGCGGGCCGCGUGAAACCGGCGCGCGCGGUGCUGUACGUGAUCGCGCAGUGCGCGGGCGCUGCCGCCGGCUCCGGCCUGCUGAAGGCGCUCACGCCGGAGCGCGCCGCGGGCAAGCUCGGAGUCACCGCUCUCGGCAACGAAGUUACUCCGCUUCAGGGCUUUGGCAUCGAGUUCUUCUUAGGUUUCAUACUCGUCUUCGUUGUAUGUGGAGUGUGCGAUCCAAACAAACCGGACGGCAAGCCGACGGCGCCGCUGGCGAUCGGCCUCACCGUGACGCUGGGCCACCUGCUGGCCGUCGACUACACCGGCUCCGCCAUGAACCCCGCGCGCUCCUUCGGCUCCGCGCUCGUCGCCAACGACUGGGCCAACCACUGGGUGUACUGGGCCGGGCCGGUCGCGGGAGGCGUCGCGGCCGCGCUGCUCUACGUGCACGGCUUCUCGGCGCCACCCGUGGACGCCGCGCCGCCGCGGUACCGCCCCGUCGCUGCCGAUGAGAAGGAGCUGAAGCGACUAGACGGCGGCAAGGCGGAGGAGCUUGCCUGAAGCCGCGAGUCGCUCGUGCGGCCCCGCCCGCGCGCGCGCCCCGCGCUCGGCGUCGGCGUGACCGUUUCCAGCGAAACGCAACCCUACUACCGACACCAAUAUUGAAGCCAACUGCUCUACCCGCAGACAUAUAGCUGACUAGACCACACGUACAAACAGCAACACUCCUAACUGUACUUCGGUGGACCUUAUUACAAAAGGCAUAUGGUUCACCGAUGUACUGCUAACAAAUGUGGGCGAUGGUACUACACAUGCCAAAUAAUGUCCUAUACGGCAUAUUGCACAGACGGGUUCUAACCGUUUCAGAUGUUAAUAAAGAAUAGUUUUUAUUCAAUCGUGAUGGUACCUUUUUCUACAUGUACCUAUUGUCUAACUAGUUAGUCUCUCUAGAUUCGAAUUAGGUAUAAUCUUAACACAAAAUAAUCAAUAUAAAUGCAAAUCGUCGCAAGCGUCCAUCACGUGUAUUACACUAAAAUUGACACGCUCAGUUUCAUAUGAAUCUGGAUACGUGCGACGUCUAUUUAGAUAUAUGUCUGUGUAUCAACCCAAUGAAAGUGAAACUCGCACACAACGAAAAUACUUUGUUUUACACCGCUACAACACUGUCUUCAGCAUUUUUCCAAGUUCACAUAGACUUAUUUCUAUUAAAUUAAGUAUUUAUCUUUACAAUCUGCAUUUGUAUUCUCUAGUCGCCCACAAACCAAUCAAGUCAAGACAAACACCAUUUUGAUUUUUCAGAAAAAUAUUCAAAAUUAGUUGACAGUUAUUUACGAUACAAGUGCGAAAAAGAGUAAAUUCAAAAUAAGUGGCGAUAAAUUAAAACACGACCGAAGGUAGUGUUUUAAAUUGACACGAGUUGCGAUUUACCUUUUCGCAAGUGUAUCGUACAACGUUUUACAGUACAUACGGCCCUAUAAACUUUCGACAUACGCGCGGAAAGUGCUCUUUAGUCCGGGAAAGUAGCACCAUAUGUACAGUACCUUUAUGGUCGGCUAGAGGGUAGAAAUUAUUUUAAUAAAUGUGUGUUUGUCUUCCAAGUCACCUCCUGCGGAGCUCUAACUUGCACAUAUACCUAAUACCUAUUUAGGUAGAUAAAAUUAGGUAGGUACAACCUUCCCCAAAUUGAUUUAGUUAAAUCAGCACUGGAUUACACAAUUAUAUCAAUUCCAUCUCAAUUUAUUCAUGAUUCAAUCAAUAGUAGAAACAAUACGUAUACAGUAUGUGUCUGACCAUGGGGCUUUAAUUCCAGGGCUUGAUUUUACUCGCUAAACUGAGCUACUUUUACUAUGGGACCAACCCUAAAAUCGGGAAAAUGAAUUUGGCUUUUCCAUAGAAAACGUCGACAUCAAAUCAACCAAAAUGUAUGAAAAAGUAAAAAAAAAAUCGGGAUUUCGGGGUUGAUGCCAUAAUAAAAGUAGCUCAGUGUAGCGAGUAGAAUCGAGCCUUGGAUUUAAAGCCCCAUGGUCAGUAACACCCUGUAUAAAUAUUCACUAUUCACAUAGUUAAGUUAGAUCUAUCUGUAUGUUAAAGUGAUUAUGAAAUAUUAAAAUGUUCUAUUUUAAUGCUACUACCUCUAUUAGCACUUACACUUACAUAAAACAAUUUCCCAGUGGACAUUUUAAUAAUGGUGCUAGUAGAGGUCGCAGUGAACGUUAAUUUAAUUAACCAUAUAUAUUUUACGUAACCAACUUUGUACCGAGUACCUAUGGGAAUCUUCUGAUACAGUAUGAAGUGAAUAAAGAGUUUCCUUCUAAUAUAAAGUAAUAAACGCACGUGUAGUCAGUAAGUUAUCAUCUAUUUUUAUAUAAUAUUACAUUUCUUCCGAGUAUGUUUAAAAACAUAGUCUGUUCGAAAUCGUAUAACAUUACAGUACGAUUAUAAGUAUUGAAGAGAUGAUUUUUGCAAUGUGAAAUAUUUCAAGAAUUCUUAUCAAUAUAAUAUUCGAGAUUACUCAGUGUCGCCUGUACUUAUUGUACCAACUCUGCAUGUGUUCAGGUUCCGGGAUCUUCAUCUCUUAACCUUUUGACCGCCACCUCUAUUUUAUAUGACACACAAUAGUAAACUUUAUUAGAAUGUAUUAAGGUUAGUUUUAUAUUGUCACGUUUGUCGGCUGUAGCCGGCUGUGGCGGUCAAAGAGUAGGGUCAACUCACUAGAAUUUCUGUGAAAUUCCUUCCCGCCUAGUGAAGUUUUACCCGUUGAUUUUAUACGUGUGUAUCAGUUUAACAAUGAUGUCUUUAGCAAAUAAUUUUGAAUAAAAUAACUAUAUUUUACCGA